AUGGCCCCGGCCAUUCCCCUCUGCCGGGCGGGGCCGCCCCGUCCCCGUUCCUGGGCGGCCCGGCGCGGUCCCGCCCUCGCCCGGCUCCCGGCGCGCCGGCUGUGGCGCUGCUGGGCACUGCUGUGGGGCGGGCUGUGGGACGGGCUGUGGGACGGGCUGUGGGACGGGCUGUGGGGCGGGCUGUGGGGUUGGCUGUGGGGCGGGCUGUGGGGUUGGCUGUGGGACGGGCAUUGGGACGGGCUGUGGGACGGGCUCGGCCUCACCGCCCCUUGGCUCCUCCCGGCUCGAGCCCGGCGCCUGCCGGGGCCGGCGGGGGACGCGGGCGCCGCGGCCGCUGCCGCCUCCUCGGCGGCUUCCCCGGGCAGAGCUCCGCCGCCGCUGCCCGCUGCGGGUGGGGAAGCCCGGCCCGGGCCGCUCGAGGGGCGCUCGGGGGCCGUGCCGGGCCCCGGCCCGAACGCUGACGGCCACGUCUCGCCCGCACGGAAGGCGAAGGGGCCCCUGCAGAAGCGCUACCGGCUGGGUUCGCUGCUGGGCAGCGGCGGCUUCGGCCGCGUCUACGCGGGGACCCGCCUGGCGGACGGAGCCCCGGUGGCCAUCAAAGCCGUGCCCCGGGAUCUCAUCCGGCGCUGGGGCGAGCUGCCUGACGGCACCCUGGCACCCCUGGAGAUCGUGCUGCUGGACAAGGUGUCCAAGGGCUUUCCUGGUGUCAUCCAGCUCCUGGAGUGGUUCGAGCUCCCCAACAGUUUCUUGUUGGUGAUGGAGCGUCCGGAGCGCUCUCGGGACCUCUCUGGCUUAAUCACGGCGUGGGGGUUCCUGCCGGAGGAGGUGGCGUGGGGGCUGUUCCACCAGGUGCUGAAGGCCGUGCGGCACUGCACCAGCUGCGGCGUCCUGCACCGGGACAUCAAGCCCCAGAACAUCCUCCUCGACCUGGCCACCGGCGAGGCCAAGCUCCUGGACUUUGGAUGUGCCACCUUCCUUCAGGACACGGUCUACACCCAGUUUGCAGGAACACCGUCAUACAGCCCGCCAGAGUGGAUCUGCUUCAAACGCUACCGCGGCGAGGCGGCAACGAUCUGGUCCCUGGGCAUCCUGCUCUACCAGAUGGUCUGCGGGAAGCACCCUUUCUGCAAAGGCACCAACACCAUCUGGGACCAGCUCCCGUUCCCACCACGGGUCUCUCGAGGCUGCCAGCACCUUAUCAGGUGGUGUUUGUCCAUCCGCCCCUCGGACAGGCCAGCAUUGGAAGACCUUUGGUGCCAUCCUUGGGUGCAGGGCAUUCCCCUGCCCUAGAAGACGGGAGAGAUCCACGUGCUCACUUUGAUCCAGGGGCCUGGCAAGUAACACCUCCACACAUCU